AGAGAAUGAAUGAAAUUGAAAUUGCUGGUAUAUUACAUGUACAAUACCGGGGAUCUGCAGUCUUACAUUGUAUCAUUCUAUAUCAAAAUGGCCACAGUGGUCCAAAAUCCUCUGAAAUCGCAAUCAAGUGGAGGCGUCAUAAAGAACAGCCUCGGUGAGGAGUUCUACCGCGAGGCCAUCGAGCACUGCCGCAGUUAUAAUGCUCGACUCUGCGCCGAGCGCUCUAUGCGUCUGCCUUUCCUCGACUCACAAACAGGCGUAGCACAGAGUAACUGCUACAUAUGGAUGGAGAAGACCCAUCGAGGGCCAGGUGUGGCACCCGGGCAGCUGUAUACCUAUCCUGCACGCUGCUGGAGGAAGAAAAGACGGUUAAACAUUUUAGAGGAUCCACGUCUUGGACCUUUCGAGUUUAAGAUUGAUUAUGAGGCAACGCUGAAGAAAGAAGGAGGUGUUCCUGAAGGUCCGGUUCUGGAGUCUCUCCUCAGUGGAGAACUGCUGGAUAAAAAGGUUGAGACAAAGGAAGAGGAACCCAUGAGUGAAUGCCAGAAGCUGCUGGUGGGAGACUUUCCCCAUGAAUUGGAUGUGGAAGAGUUGGAGGAAGACGUCCCCAAAAGGAAGAAUCGCACCAAAGGACGGGCAUGUGGUGUUGGGGGAAUGAGGAAAAGACAGGACCCAGCAUCUCUAGAGGAUAGAGACAAGCCAUAUGUGUGUGACAUUUGUGGAAAGCGCUACAAGAACCGCCCGGGAUUGAGUUACCACUACACUCACACACACCUGGCAGACGAGGAGGGCGAGGAAGACUCUGAACGGCACACGCUGCCCUUCCAGCGCAAGAACAACCACAAACCCAAAAAAGCAGCCGACGGCUCUGUCAUCCCCAACGGCUACUGCGACUUCUGUUUAGGGGGCUCUAAGAAAACAGGCUGUCCCGAAGAUCUCAUUUCUUGCGCCGACUGCGGCCGAUCAGGUCAUCCGUCGUGUCUGCAAUUCACCGUCAACAUGACGGCUGCGGUGAGGACGUACCGCUGGCAGUGUAUCGAAUGCAAAUCGUGCAGUUUGUGCGGCACGUCAGAGAAUGAUGAUCAGCUUUUAUUCUGUGAUGACUGCGACAGAGGAUACCACAUGUAUUGUCUAAGCCCCCCUAUGGCGGAGCCACCGGAGGGAAGCUGGAGUUGCCACCUGUGUCUGCGCCAGCUAAAAGAAAAAGCGUCCGCCUACAUCACACUAACCUAAUCCACAUGCCCUUCUUCACCCCACCAGUCUCAUCCACCUCUAUCCCAUCUUCAAAGAUCCAAAGAGUCUCCCCCAUCAUCAACCAGAAGAGAACACUCUUUCAUUUGCCAUGCACGGUGACUGCAAGGAAAACCACCUGAAGCCACCAACAUUUUUGUGAGUCGGGACUAAAGCUCCUCAUCCGUCCCUCCAAAGAGCUUGUUCCUUCUCGGACCUGUGGGGUCUUCUUCUUGUCUAACUCUGUUUUAUGGUGGUUAGACAAGCAGUGCCAAACGGUUUGCGGCUGAGGAGACACUUUUUGCACGAAUUGGGGGAGGAGUCUCUGUGACAUCAAUAGACGACGAGAUGAGACGUGAGCAUGCGUGCAUCUCACCAAAGCUUGUGAUUGGAGAGAAAGCGCUGUCAACGUGCCAUUGAUUCUUCGCGGUAUUGUUCGGAAGCAGACACCAGCACGUGAUGAAAUUUGGCUUUUUGUUAAUUACAAAGACGAAUGAAAUAUUCAAUAAUUAACAUCCCUCCAAGGUACAACAUUUGGUCAAUGCAACACGUUGCACUAAAUUCUAGGAAUCGUUCCAAAAACAGAAGUGAUCCAUCACGGACCAAGAAUGCUGGAACCGUUUUCAUGCGUUGAUAACCCUUUAUUAAAAAUGUCAGAGGUGCAUGUCUAUCAAGCAGAGAAGUUGCUCUGCGUGAAAAAAGAAAAGAAAGAAAAUGAUUUCUUCCGUACUUCCAACGAGUUCCCCACCUCUUCCUAUUCUAAAGCCAACAUCAAACUCCCUCUCAGCAAGGGUGCGUUUGUAAGAGUGUAUAUUUCUCGGGCAACGUCUGGCCUUGUUUUAAAAACAGGGCGUUAAAUGUUUGAUCGCUCUCUUUUUUAUGAUGACUUGCUUGCAUGUUGUAACAGUAUCGUUUUAAAAUGAUUUAAGGACAAAAAAUGGAAGAAAGCACACUUAUUCUGCAAUAAUGUUUUUUGUGUUUGUGACCCUCUCUGGGUAAGUUGUGUCUGUAUGUACGUGCGCUUUAAAAACUCUUUGAAACGUCAGAAAGCCGGAGUCUGGAAAGAGUACAGUGUGCGGAGCGUUCAAAGUGGGAGGCGUUUGAAUUCUGCCAUUUUUGAUGCCACUGCAAAUGUGAUUUUUUGUUUUUCUGGACGAACCGAAAACCAGCUUGGAGAUACAUUAUAUGGUCUAUUUUUAGUGGCAUUUUUUCCUUUUCUUGACAAGAAAAUCGUGCAGCUUUUUUGUAGAACGAGCUCUGCUUUGUGUUAUGAAAUUUGCUACUGCGGUCUGCUUAAAAGAAGUUCAAACCAAUGGGGGAAGGCAGGAUGUGUGCGUGUUUGUGAGAUUGUGCCGAGGUGACGGUUUUGAACCAAAAGUCCCCUCUUAUCCGUGGCCUAACUGAAAGACUGCCUGCCAUUUUGUCUUCUCGGAGUCCUUGAGCUUUAAGUUGCGAGACAUUUGCUGUAAAUAGAUAAGUGCUCUGUCUAUCCUAAAUCGGUCCAUGUUAUAGACUCAAGUGAAAUGUUUCAUGUGCUGUAAUGCAUCAAAAUGUGAAAACAGCCUUUUCUACACAGCUAGUGGAAUAUUAAUCCAUGUUAUUGGGUUAUUUCUAUUUUUGUAUCAUUUUCCAAUUUUAAUGAGCACUAUGCCAUUGGCACUGUUACCAGAUAUAUAAAUUAGGUGAUCUUUUCCAUUCUUUUUGAAAGAGUAGAAAUGUUUUGUCAGUAGAAAUAGUCUUGAUUUCACAUUUUGAUAAUUCAACUUCACUGUUGAGCCAACCUAAGUUGUAUUGUCGAACGCCCUCAUUGUUCAUUUUGUACUUCUGACAAUUUUGCACAGUCUGUGGGUUUAGUUGAGGGCACUUUGAUAAUAAAAUGAAAGCAAUUGAAUUAGAGUAACAAAAUUGAAGGCACAUUAACCAAACAAUAAUUACACUUGAAAUGUGUUGAUUCUCCAGUUAUAACAUAGAGAAAUCUUAGAGGUGAAGUGUGUCAUUUUUUGUGGCUUUAUGUCGCUUUUAAACCGUUGCUCUGUUUGUUUGAGCAGCAUAGCAACAUCAGCUCAACCAAUGGCAAGAGUUUGGGGCGGGACCAACUGUUUUUAAUUGACCAAUGAAAGAGAGAUGGCAAGAUAGAAAGGACUCCUACUGUAGAAAUGACACACUUCGCCUUUAAUGCUGAGUUCACACCAAACACGAACAAUCACAAUCCACGCCAUUUAUUACUCACAGGAAUAGUUCAUUAUUUUCGUGUGAGUGACGUGUAAAACAUCACCUUUGGACGUGUCAAACAGUAGGUGUCAAUGAGCUCUUCAUGCACAUUUCUCUCUUGAGUUGAAAUUUUUCAACUUGCGCAGAACAUGUGUCAUUCGCAUUGCAAGUUUGCAUCUAUUUGCAUCUUUGCAUUGACUUUGUAUGUAAUUUACUCACGCAAAGCGCUUGAUUCGCGUUUGGUGUGAACACAGCAUUAGGUUAAUAGGCAAAACUAUUUUGAUUUGUCUGCCUUGGUGAGAUUUUUGGAUAGUUUGAACCUUUGUAAUUUUUUGAGGACGUCAAACGAUUGUCAUGCUGUUAAUAAUGUCCCCUUUUCAAGAGAGGGGCUGUAUGAAAUAAGUGUUAUAGUCCACUGGUCUUUAUCGACGAGUGCUUGAGUCAUCAUGUGAUUGUAUUCUUAGUAAUGUGAGAGUUGGAAGAGAAAGCAUGGGUUAAACGAACUUGUGCGUUUUCCACAUGCAUACAUCCUAACCAGAUUUUUUAAUGGUAAGCGACUUUAUUUCCAUUUGAGGACCGCUUUCGAUCUUCUGACCCGACUCUGCUCCCUUUGUCGAGAGGGUCUUCUCUACCUGUAUAUUGUGCUGUGAUUUUUGCUUGCAGUUUUUCUAAUCCAUUCCCCCAACCAACACACACAAAAAGAUGCUCUUGUAUGAGAGGACGCGUGCGUGUUUUCCUUUCUUGUAACUGUCCGUUGAAAAUAAAACAGAUGUGUGGAGAAACGAAGUGCGUUUUGACUCAGGACUGAGUUGUAUAUUUUUUCUUUGAAUUUGAAAUGGGUGCUCCUAUGUGGAUCUGAGUUGCUGUGAUUGCUGCUGCUCGCCGUCUAUUUUAAAGAAUGUCCUUAGUUUUAUUUCUGUCCAAUUUGACAA